ACUACAAAAUAAAAUUAAGAGAGUACAAUCGGAUUUUCUUGUGGGGUUGGGUAGGUCGCUAUCAAGAGUGUUUUAUGGUUAAACGGGGUUUGUCUGUUUGUAGAAUCAGUUGCCGCUUUCAAAACUCGACAGCGUUUAUUAAAUUCUACAGCGAUUUAUCAUUCAUUCAACCAACCAGAUUUUUCCCUUCUCUCUGCUGCUCUACUGAUCCUACUACUACUGCUGCUACUACUGCUACUCUUUACACUUUUUUCUCUUUUUCCUCGCAAUGAAGAAGCAAAAGGGUGUGAUAAUUGAUUAAUAAAGAUUUAUGAUGAUGAAUAAUCUGUCAGAAAAUUCGGCUCUAUAUACUCAGAAAUGAAAAAAGUUGAUUUUGAAUGAGUUUUUGAUUUAAAUCUUUUCCUUUCUUUCUUUUUUUCGUUUUCAUUAUGAACUUUCUAUAUGAGAUUUCUUUUGGGCAUUCAAUUAUUGACUGUUCUUUUUAGUCUUUCUUCUUCUUCUUCUUCUUUAAUAAACUCUCUCUCUCUUUCCCUUUUCUAUCAGUACUUCCUCUGAUCCGAAGCCUUCUUUGUCUCUCUUUUUCUUUCUCUGUCUCUUUAACUUCUUUUCUUUUUGUUUCUGUUGUUUGCGAAUUUUGUCUGUCUUUUGGGUGGGGAGACAAGAUAAUUAUAACUUUGGCUUAUAGGCUUAUUCAUUAUUCUAAUCAAGUUAUUUUGAUAUAACAGUCAGGUACUGUAAAGAGAAGAAAAGAAAAGGGAAAAGAGAAAGCAGAAGGAGAGGAUGUUGACGUGUAUCACGUGUAAGCAAAAGAUAGACGAUGAUGGAGGUGAAGAGGGACCCCGUCCUACUCCCAAUACUAAAGACUCCGUCAAAAGCCUCACGGCGCAGAUCAAGGAUAUUGCUUUAAAGGUCUCAGGAGCUUAUAAAUGCAAGUCAACUACACCAAGUAGUUACAGGAAAGGGCAUAGACCAUAUCCUGAUUUUGAUACAAUAUCAGAGGGAGUUCCAUAUCCAUAUCAACCAGCAAGUUCUAGUUCUACUCCAGCUUGGGAUUUUACAAAUGCUGGAAAUCUAAGGACUCCUAGACCUGAUCCAAGAUUUGCUAGAGGAUUUAGUGGCGGUGAUGUGGUGGUGGAAAAUGAUGAGCAAAAAGAGUGGACAGCACAGGUCGAGCCUGGUGUUCAGAUCACGUUUGUUUCUCUCCCUAAUGGUGGAAAUGAUCUUAAACGAAUCCGCUUUAGUCGGGACAUGUUCAACAAAUGGCAAGCUCAAAGAUGGUGGGGUGAGAAUUAUGACCGAAUUAUGGAGCUUUAUAAUGUUCAGAGAUUCAAUAAACAAGCUCUUAACACGCCUGGACGGUCUGAGGAUGGGAGAGAUUCCAAUUAUUCGAGGCUUGGAUCUGCAAUGGAGAGCCCUAUGAUGACUCCUGCAACAAACAAGGACUGGACUCCAAGCAGUUACCAUAAACCAACAGGAUCAACUACUGCCUAUGCAGCUGGUUUCCCAAAGGGUGACAUGUCAUAUAUGGACGCGUCAAGGACUACCACUGACUCUAGAGAUGAAGCUUCACUUUCCGUUAGUAAUGCUAGUGAAAUGGAGUCAGAAUGGGUAGAACAAGAUGAGCCUGGGGUCUAUAUAACCAUCAGACAACUAGUUGAUGGCACUAGAGAGCUACGCCGUGUUAGAUUCAGCCGAGAGAAGUUUGGAGAGGUGCAUGCAAAGCUGUGGUGGGAACAGAACCGAGAGAGAAUACAAACUCAAUACCUUUAAACCAACAAAUUUCCUUACUAAGCUGCAGUUUUUUAUCCAGAGAAAUUCCAUGGAAAAGGGAACAAUUUUGCCUCUUCAAUUCGAUGUGAUGAAGCUGAAAUGGAGAUCAGAAGAUACUUAAAUUUAAAGCUCCAUUCUACAGAACAAAGCAUUUUUUCAUGGCAUUUCUUGAUCUCUAGUUAUAUAUGAUCUUGCAAAUUCUCCAAUGAUCUCCUUUUGGCUUUAGUUUAGGGCUAUAUGGAUCUCCUGACUUUCUUUAAAAGUUCCACAGUUUACCUUGUAACAUAAUCCAUAUCAAGCUUAAUUGAACCAAAUGCUGAUUAUGCAAAACACACAGCUUUGUUAAACUACAAUUAAUUGUCAAUUCUGAUAGCUUCUAAUCAGUUAUUCAAGCUGAAAUGGAGAUCAUUACAAGAUAUUUAUGUUUUAAAAGUACUUGCAGAUAGAAUGGCUCCAUUCUACAGAA